AUGCCUUAUAGGCGAUUGACGUCAGGCAGUUUGUUGUCAUUGGCGGCUCGCAAGAUGGCGUCCAUCAUGGAAGGGCCGCUGAGUAAAUGGACUAACGUAAUGAAGGGCUGGCAGUACCGUUGGUUCGUGCUGGACUACAAUGCAGGGCUGCUCUCCUAUUACACAUCCAAGGACAAAAUGAUGAGAGGCUCUCGCAGAGGAUGUGUUAGACUCAGAGGAGCUGUGAUUGGUAUAGACGAUGAGGACGACAGCACCUUCACAAUCACUGUUGAUCAGAAAACCUUCCAUUUCCAGGCUCGUGAUGCUGAUGAACGAGAGAAGUGGAUCCAUGCCUUAGAAGAAACUAUUCUUCGACAUACUCUUCAGCUUCAAGGUUUGGAUUCAGGAUUUGUUCCUAGUGUCCAAGACUUUGAUAAGAAACUUACAGAGGCUGAUGCUUACCUACAAAUCUUGAUAGAACAGUUAAAGCUUUUUGAUGACAAACUUCAAAACUGCAAAGAUGAUGAACAGAGAAAGAAAAUUGAAACUCUCAAAGAGACAACAAAUAGCAUGGUAGAAUCAAUUAAACACUGCAUUGUGUUGCUGCAGAUCGCUAAAGACCAGUGUAAUGCGGAGAAGCACGCAGAUGGAAUUAUAAGUACUAUUAAUCCUGUAGAUGCAAUAUAUCAACCUAGUCCCUUGGAACCUGUGAUCAGCACAAUGCCUUCCCAGACUGUCUUACCUCCAGAACCUGCUCAGUUGUGUAAGUCAGAGCAGCGUCCAUCUACUCUACCAGUUGGACCUGUAUUAGCUACUACCUUGGGACAUCAUCAGACUCCAACACCAAAUAGUACAGGCAGUGGGCAUUCACCACCUAGUAGCAGUCUAACUUCUCCAAGCCACGUCAACUUGUCUCCAAACACAGUCCCAGAGUUCUCUUAUUCUAGCAGUGAAGAUGAAUUCUAUGAUGCGGAUGAAUUCCAUCAGAGUGGCUCAUCCCCAAAGCACUUAAUAGAUUCCUCUGGAUCUGCCUCAGUCUUGACACACAGCAGCUCAGGAAAUAGUCUAAAGCGCCCAGAUACCACGGAAUCACUUAAUUCUUCCAUGUCCAAUGGAACAAGUGAUGCUGACCUUUUCGAUUCACAUGAUGAGAGAGAUGAUGAAGGGGAGGCAGGGUCGGUGGAAGAGCACAAGAGUGUUAUCAUGCAUCUGUUGUCACAGGUUAGGCUUGGAAUGGAUCUCACUAAGGUAGUUCUUCCAACAUUUAUUCUUGAAAGAAGAUCUCUUUUAGAAAUGUAUGCAGACUUUUUUGCACAUCCGGACCUGUUUGUGAGUAUUAGUGACCAGAAGGAUGCCAGAGACCGAAUGGUUCAGGUUGUAAAAUGGUACCUCUCAGCCUUUCACGCAGGAAGGAAAGGAUCGGUUGCCAAAAAGCCAUACAACCCCAUUCUGGGUGAGAUCUUUCAGUGUCACUGGACAUUACCAAAUGAUACUGAAGAGAAUGUGGAGCUAGUUUCAGAAGGACCAGUUCCCUGGGUUUCCAAGAAUAGCGUAACAUUCGUGGCUGAGCAGGUUUCCCAUCAUCCACCCAUUUCAGCCUUUUAUGCUGAGUGUUUUAACAAGAAGAUACAAUUCAAUGCUCAUAUCUGGACCAAAUCAAAAUUCCUUGGGAUGUCAAUUGGGGUGCACAACAUAGGACAGGGCUGUGUCUCGUGUCUAGACCAUGAUGAACAUUACAUUCUCACAUUCCCCAAUGGUUAUGGAAGGUCUAUCCUCACAGUGCCCUGGGUGGAACUAGGCGGAGAAUGCAAUAUUAAUUGUUCCAAGACUGGCUAUAGUGCCAAUAUCGUCUUCCACACUAAACCUUUCUAUGGGGGCAAGAAGCACAGAGUUACUGCUGAGAUUUUUUCUCCAAAUGACAAGAAGUCUUUCUGCUCAAUUGAAGGGGAAUGGAAUGGUGUAAUGUAUGCAAAAUACUCAACAGGGGAAAAUGUAGUUUUUAUAGAUACCAAGAAGUUGCCUAUAAUCAAGAAGAAAGUGAGGAAGUUGGAAGAUCAGAAUGAGUACGAAUCCCGCUGCCUUUGGAAGGAUGUCACUUUCAACUUAAAAAUCAGAGACAUUGAUGCAGCAACUGAAGCCAAGCAUAGACUUGAAGAAAGACAAAGAGCAGAAGCCCGAGAAAGGAAGGAAAAGGAAAUUCAGUGGGAGACAAGGUUAUUUCAUGAAGAUGGAGAAUGCUGGGUUUAUGAUGAACCGUUACUGAAACGUCUCGGUGCUGCCAAGCAUUAGGUUGGGAAAUGCAAGGUUUGCUCCUGGUGAUCCGGGCAGGAGGCACAAUGAAGUAACAGUCUUCCUUUGGGAGAACCUAUUCACUCCCUUCUUAUUGCAGUGGUUCCUAUCUCAGGGAUACUGGACUUUCUGAUGCAGAUGAACAAUUAAAGCGAGAAAAGCU